CUAGCUCGAACCGAAGAAGAAGAGAAACUGCGGCAGGCUCGCGAACAAGAUGAGCAGCAAAGAAGAUUAGAAGAAGAGGCUAGAGAAGCUGCUUUCAGAAACGAGCAGGAGAGAGUAGAGGCUGCAAGGAGGGCAGAAGAGUUGAGAAAGUCAAAAGAAGAGGAGAAACAUAGGUUGCUCAUGGAGGAAGAAAGGAGGAAGCAGGCUGCUAAGCAAAAGCUUCUAGAGUUGGAAGAAAAAAUAUCCAGGAGACAGGCCGAAGCUGCCAAAGGUUGCAGCAGCUCUUCAACCGUUUCAGAGGAUAAAUUCUUAGAUAUUGUUAAAGAAAAAGAGUCUGCAGAUGUUGUUGACUGGGAAGACAGCGAAAGAAUGGUGGAUAGAAUU